AUGGUUACUAAUCCUACUAUUUGCGUGAAGGCCUUGGUGGACAAGGGAAGCAACAAGGUUAUUUUCGUAGAGUCUGGUAAUGAUUUGGUUGAUACUCUCUUCAGUUACCUAACAAUCCCCAUGGGAACAGUUAUCGAUCUUGCUCGUAAACAUUCAGAUCCUGCUGUCAUUGGCUGCAUGAAAAACUUGUACGCUAGUGUUGAGAGUAUUGGGGAAGAGGAAUUUUUGGGUAAUAUAUUUAAGGACAUGCUGUUGCAUCCUCGCAGUGCAGCCGAACCUCUCUACAGGAACCUCAACUUCAAACUUCAUAAUGUUAGGCCCCUGCCCUACUAUAUGUGCUUUGAUUCCGGAUCAUGCAAGUUCUUGAGUUAUGAAUCGGAUGUCCAGUGCCCUCAUCAUUUGUUCCAUAACGAACCAAUCAUGGACCGGGAUAAUUGCCCUUCAGUGGGGGCUUCUCAAGAUGGAAGAACUGAGGAGAUCUCGUAUUACUAUGUGGAUGACAAGUUGAUUGAUGAUAGAUCCCUUCUACCUUCUAAUUGUUCAUCACCGGAGUCAUAUAAACUCACAGUUGUUAAUCCGAAACCCUACAUCAAUCAGAAUCAAAGUAGUGAUCGUGGAUUUUUGAAGGGACCUGCAGUGUUUUUAGUAACUGACAAUCUAGUUGUAAGGCCGAAAUCUCGGAUCUUUCUACUGCAUGUUCUUAAAUCUUCUAAUGUGCCCUUGACAGAUGUUGAGUAUCAAACAGUGCAUGUUGGUACGAAGGAGGCUUUGUGUCCUUUGGUAGCAUCUUUUGUUGGUGAAUCUGCUCUAUCCAAUGUCGUCCUGAGGAAUCGUGGGGAGCCGAAGCAAGAACAAUGA